AUGACGCCCACGGGGAAGUCCCGAGUGGGGAAAGGGGGCCGGGAAGGGUCGGGGAAAGACAAAGGGAAGGCAAAAGGAAGCAAGGGCAAGGCCUCGAGGUUCCGACCAGUAGAGGCAUCGAAAGACUCCCUCCCAAUGACGAGAGUAGACACAAGCGACCCAUGCCGCACGCCUGAACCCACUGGGGUGUAUAUGGUGGACACCCACAGAAGGAGUGGAUCAACUGGCAUCGAUAGCAGAACCUUCUAUCUGGGUGGCACGUGUGAGACACGGGAGGAGCUCGAACAGCGAGAGAAGCGGAAGCAGCAGCAGUAUCGUGAUGAGCUCCAGGCACAACUAGCUGAGAGGCAAGCAGCGAAGAAGGGAACGAGCGGUAGUCAGGCGAACACCAUGGACGGAAGCGAUGGGACAGUGUCGUCGGACUCGCCCUGUAGCAUCAUGAGUUUUGUGAUGAUGCAUUCAAACGAUGAACAAAAGAAGGAGAAACAGGCCAAGGUGAAGGCUCUACUUGACCAGCAGGUGGCUGAGCAGAUGAAAUUGAGAGCUAAAGUGGAGAGGGUGGGAGGGAAGGGGAGCCUUGUCGCAGUGUUGGAGGAAUAUAUGUUCGCUUUCCUCGGCUGA